AUGUCACUCCCGAAGGCGCUGAUUUUCAAACCUCGGCGUUUUGAUGCGGCUGAGUCUACCACAAUCUCGCCAAAAUCUUUCUCGGCAGAUUCUACAAAUGACGCUCCAUCGUUUUCCACUUUUGCUAACAUAAACACAUACUCAGGUGAGGAACUCACCAAGAACGACAAGUACUGUGUGAUCAAGCUUCCAGCGCAGCCAGACAUACUCAAUAAUGACCGAAUGGAUCUUGCCGACGAGACGUUGAAUGGUUACACCGACAACAGCACUAAAAGUGCUGUGGUGGUUUGUGAGAAGUUCAUCAGUGUUUGGCCCUACAAUUCUGCGGACUCUACUCCCAUCAACUACGAAUUUCCUCUCGAAGAAGGAGGUAACAAUUCGUUAGAAUUGGCAAUUUUGACCCGUCCGGCUCCAGGAACGUCCACGGACCCAGGAUUGGUCACCAUCAACUCAGUCAAUGGCCAUGUCAGAUUCUACGAAAGCGUCCAUUAUGCGCCAGCUUUAGGGCUCAUUAACAGCAAACUCAUCGAGACUACUGUUGCCAUCCUGGCUGCCCAGGGAGAGUAUAUUACAGUGGCAGAAAAUGUCGAGCCAGCAGGUAUAGUGGUUGCAACAUCUUGGAAACGAGUGGUGUUAGUGUUGUUGCGAGACUUCAACGGAUCUCCGCACUUAUCUACGUUGGAGCUUAUUAGCCCGUCGCAGUCGCUGCGUGUUUUUGGCUGGUUGGGACGUGGCAGUGGUGACAAUAUAUCGAAUGACGUGGUUUCAAUAAAAACAGGAAAAAUUUCUGCUAAUGGCAUGUCCCAGGAGAUCAUUGUGCAAGAUGCCGCCGGAGUAUUUAAAAAGUUCAUUUUCCAGUCGUCUGUGACCGGAGAUCCUUCAAUUAACCACAGGAAAACAACCACACACAAGUUGGCAUCCUAUUUGGAGAAUAACAUCGAUGGCUUUAUUCCUGGUGCGGUGGUUGAUGUCAAGUACCUUGAUCUUUGGCCGUUGAGGCUCCAAUCCGAUGCAGAAAUUUCUAUUUCUGAUGAUGUUUAUACGGCUUUGGUGCGUGUACAAAGUUCCAUCCACGGCGAAAGCCAUUACAGACUUUUGUUGGUCACCAUGAAGAUCAACGAGCUGGGUGUUCUCGUUUACGGCUCUCACCAAUUGCCAGACGUGGGAAAAGGAAUUUCAGACCAGGCAGCAUUAAAGCCUCGUCUCUACAUUCCCAAGCCAGGGUCGACUGCGUUUAUUGUGGUUGACAACUCGGUGAUUCUUACCGACAUUAACACAUCCUUUUUAACAAAAUCACAGGCUCCAGCUUUUCUGUACUACACGCCCCAAUGGGAGGAUGUCAUAAACUUUAAGUCAUCGGUGCAGAUCGUGGGACUUGGAUAUGAAGACAAAGUUGACGAUAAUGCGAACUCUUCAUUAGUUUUGAUAACUAAAGGCUAUGGAGUAUUGCGAAUUGAACGUUUUCCUGACUCUAAGGAUGGUUCCUCUUCGGAUGUGACCGACUCGACCGAUCCAGUUUACCUUCUCAAAUCUCACAUUCAACAGGCUAUUUUUUACCACAACUCUGAUGCCGUUGACUUUGAUGUGGGUUCAACUUUCCCUAUCGAUGUGGUUUCACAAGCCACCCACGAAAUUUUAAAGGAAAUUUUGGAAUCAUCGUGUGCCUAUCUCCCUCCGUUCUUCUCCAGCACUAGAGACUCGUUCUCUACCAGAAUCACACUCUUGCGCGAAUUGAUCUCGUAUGUCUCGCGAAAUUUCACUGACUCGUGGUUUGUGAUUCUUCCAGAUAUUGUUCAAGCAUUGGAGAAAUUGGAAGCCGCCCAGAAUUUGUGGCUCCUCAUCGAUGUUGACACCACUGAAGCUUCACUUUUGAAGGCCAAAUUGACAUCUGUCAUUGAGAAGCUUGAAUUAGGCAGCGGCGACGACAUCGCGCGUUCGUUCUUUCUUCAUAAUGUCAAUGAUAUUCUUUUGGUUUUGACACUGUUGGUGCAACAAUUGAACCAAGACAAUUUUUCUUUUCAGGUUAUUGUGAAGAUCUUAGUGGCCACAUUGCAUGAUGCAGUGGUGAAAAAUGAGAAGUCUCAUGUUACCGGAGUCGAGCAGAUUCCUACAAGAAUGCUUUGGAUCUUUGAGCUGAAGUUGGUAAUCUUAGCCGAAGAGGUCUUUUCAAAGGCUUACUGUACUAAGGGCACUAAUAUCAUUAAUACUCCAAAUGACCGUCAGGAUCUUGUCAAAAUGAGUUACACAUUGUUCUUUUUGGUUACUUAUGCCAUCCAAUUUAUGCAAGACACAGAGGAUAACCAAUUGAAGGGCUACUUGGACUGGUAUAAGCUGAGAAAGGGUGAUUGGGUGAACGCAUUGAUUUCAAACGGUAUGGUAGGGGAAGCGUUGAAGAUGACUGAAAACUUCCAAGAUUUCUAUUCUCUUGCCUUGGUUUUGGAUAAAGAGAAAGAACAAAGAUCGCCAGAAUAUGUUCUGGAGCAGAUUCGUUUUUUCGUGGACAAGUAUGGCUAUUCUUUUGCAUCUAAAUUGUUUGAGUACUACAUCAAACACGACCAGAUCAUGAUUCUUCUUCUGGAUUGCACAUCGUACCUGGGAUACUUGGAGCAGUACUUCAAAAGUAACCCGCGUACAACCUCGCAGGUAGCUUGGAUCUAUUAUUUGCAAUCAAAGAACUUCAAGGACGCCUCCAACGUGUUGAUGUUAUUGACUUCCAAGAAAGAGACAGACAACCAACAAAGCCAAGAGCUCAAUUAUUCAUUGGCCAAAUUAUCGGCCAUAGCUGCCAAGGCAGACGACAUCUCCGGAGAAGAGAGUCCCAUACUUGAUGAGAUUGCCAUUGAGGCAGAAAACAACCUUUUGGUGAUCAGAGUGCAGAACAAGAUUCAUCAUUUAUUGAGUUCAUAUGUGCAAGGAAAGAAAGACCUUAUAACUCUCGAUUACUUCUUGAAGAAUUUUGCCAAUGUCAAGAUACCUAAAAGGCAGCUUAAAGUGGAAAUUGAAGCAUUCUUCCAGCGGUUUGUGGACCAGCUACCUAUAUUGAAGGAGCAGCUCAUCUUACUCUUGACCUCUAUUCUGCCCAAACAGCAGUUUUCUUCAGUGUACGUUGAUGCACUCUUCGUUGCUGCUCUGAUAGCUAGCGACGAUAUUUACCAGGAGCAAGCAAGGGAGGUUUGGCUCAAAUUGUUGACGCUUACAGACGACUGGAGUGAGAUCAAUAACACCAGUGACAACGUUGAUGAGGUUAACAAGAUGAAGGUUAGGGAAACUGCCCUCUACACCACCAUCAAGGAAGUUCAAUAUAACCACGGAAUCAUGAGUGUUCUAGAAAGUCUUAUUGAAUCAUUAAAGGAGGAAUCUGGUGACGACGUGUCUUCUUUAUUCGAGAAGGCUCGGCAGCUAGUGAAGUCCAGCAAUCUUGCGUUGUGGGUGGAAACAAUCAGGACAGAGGCGCACUAG